CAACUGUCAGUUUCUCGUUUUUAAGGACUCGACUCGUGGUUCUUUCUAUAUACUGUGUCGAAAAGCAGAGUAAGGGGGGAAAGAUGGAUAUGUUGUUUAUGUUGUGCUUUCUCUUAGUUCUCAGCUCGACAGCCGGAGCAGUUCCGGUCCCCUCGCCGGAUCGAUUUUUGAAAUCAAACCUUCGUUCUUCUAGAUCGAGCAAACCCCAAGAACACUUGGAACUGUCCUAUCCGCUGCCGUCGGAUCGGUUGACUCCAUCAUGUACCCUCACCAUCAUCCACCACUCCUUCGCCGACACCAUGAAUUCCCCUCCGUUUUCCACUCCCUACUCUCCACCUUUGGAUUGCCCACCUCCCUGGUCCUCUGUCGCCGUCGAGCUUCGCGUUGAAUCCAGCGGUGAACAGUAUGAUCGAAUCUCCGGCUUGUGGCUUGGCGGUGUGGAGCUGCUCCGGACCAGUACGGCUGAGCCGACUGAGACCGGGAUCUUCUGGAAAGUUCGGAAGGAUGUCACUAGGUACUCCUCUAUCCUCGCCAGAUCCAACAUCAACGUUACCAUGAUGCUCGAAAAUAUUGUCAACGAUGUCUACACCGGCGUUUACCAUGUGGAUGUCUCUCUCUGGUUCUACAAUGAGAGCGUCACUUCCGAGGCAGUCAGGGUCCCAUCAAUCGUCCGUCCAAACGAUGUGGGGGUGAUUAAUCCCCAAAAAUUCACAUCUGGGUUUACUGAUUCGCCGGCCGAUUUGAUAAUUCCGAUAAGUGACAACGGCGACAGAGGGUUCUGGUUUAGGGUCGAGAGUGAAACUGAUGUACAUGUGAAAAGCAUUCGAAUUCCACGCAAUUCGCAACGGGCCGUCUUGGAGUUGUACGUAUCCUUCCAUGGGAACGAUGAAUUUUGGUACUCGAAUCCGCCAAAUUCUUACUUAGAAACGAAUAAUCUGACUACAGGGCGCGGAAACAGAGCUUACAGGGAGGUUUUCGUGACAAUUGACGGGAAAUUUGUGGGAUCAGAAGUGCCGUUUCCUGUUCUAUUCACCGGCGGGAUUAAUCCCUUGUUCUGGGAACCAGUGGUGGCAAUUGGAGCCUUCAAUUUGCCUUCCUACGAUCUGGACUUGACUCCAUUUCUGGGUCAGCUUCUGGAUUCCAAGUUCCAUGCAUUCAGGAUUGGUGUUGACGGUGGCAUUUCCUUUUGGCUUCUGAAUGCAAACCUUCACCUAUGGUUGGAUCAUGGCUCGGAGAAUGUUGAAGCAAAACCUGUUGUGUAUGACAAUCCUGCUCUUAGCAUCGUGCUGACUGACGCCUUUAAGUUGCUUGAUGGAUCGUUUAGAAUCAAAGCAGAGAAGAGAAGUCAGUUUGUGGGGUGGGUCAGUUCGAGCUCCGGUAAUUUGACCACCAUCGUCUCUCAGGAGAUCAAGGUCAACAACUUAAUAACAUUCAGCAAGAAUGGAACAUACAAGGUUGUGAAAGAGAGAAUAAAGGCAAAGAGAGGUACAAAGAUUCACACUGAUGCCGGCAAUGUGAUUGCCCAUCUGGUUACCAUAAGGAGAUACCCUCUUACUGUAAUCACUGCCACUCUUCCAGGGCUGAAGCAUGAUACGUCUUUGCUCGUCACGAAUGUUUCUCACUCAAUGAAUGAGAGAUGCGUCAACGGUGAUUUAUCAAGUUUUGUGUUUAACAGUCAGGAUUCAAAUGGAUGGAUGGAGAUCAGGGAUCACUCUGUUCUCUCCGGUGAAGCAACCACCAUGCAAAGUUUCAAUUUCAGGGAUACUCUCGGCUGCUACUCUCGUACUGUGGCAGCACACAACGGCAGGUUGAUAGUAGACAAUACAACAUUUUCUUGUGCAACUUCUACGUAGUUUCAAAUGUUUCAUCUUUUCUCCGCAAAAUUUCCACUUUCCAGGCUUCCAAAUAGUCUCUAUAUGUCAGCUUGUGCUUCUGGUGUGUAAUUGCACAGUUUGCAAUUAUCAGUACAAUUAACAUCCUCCAGUUCCCCUGAAUAGUAUUCUUGCUUAAGCUUUUACGGUGCUUCUUUGAAAUCAUAUUUCUAGGAUUCAUGGACACCCUUAAGAAAGAAGUAUUACUCCC